AUGCUGAAUCUUGAAGAGGCAGAUGUAAUGGGAGAGUUCUCAGCCCUAAAACCAUUUGGACACGAUUACUUCUUCAGGAUCGUGGACGUUUUGAAAGCAGGAAAAAUCCUGGAAACCGAAGUGGAAGUGCUAAGGCUCAGAUCAGCAAAUUCACCGGACGCGCCAUUUACUCUGGACCAGUCUCCUAUCAUUGGAAAAGCCGUCAUCAGCACGUCUUUCUCAAAACACUGGGAAGCAACCAUAGAGCUGAUGCAAGCGAACACAAAUGACCGCUUUCUCAACAUGCAGAUCUUUGCUGGACUGUUGAGAGCUCGGGAAAGAGAGACGUUCUCAAAGCGCACAGAUGCGCGGGGAAUUCAUAGCCAGGGACCAAACGCGCAGCCAAAGACCGUGGCAAAAGUCGGUUGGGAGGCCGGUAGCACCAAGGAGCGAAGCCUUGAAGCCUGGGACCAAGACUUUAUCGUCGAGAAAGCACUGGUGUAG